AACAGUAGUUUUUGAAAUGGCAACGAGAUGGAAAUACCUUUUUCUCUGCUUAGCCCUGUUUAAUUCCGUUUAUUCUGCGGACGCGUUCGAGUUUUUGCUUAAAAAUGUGUUUCCGGAGACGAGCGACGAGAGCAGGUGGAUGCAAGAAAAAUUCUUCAGCCAGAAAGUGGACCACUCGGACAUCUUCGACACGCGCUUGUGGAAUCAACGAUAUUUGAUCAGCAAUGCGACCUACACGAGCAGUAGCCCGGUGUUUCUGGUGCUCGGUGGUGAAUGGGAAGUUAAGGCCGGACACGUGGAGAACGGCUUCAUUGCAGAACUUGCUGAACGAUUCGGCGCUUUGACUAUCUACUUGGAACAUCGGUUUUACGGACAGAGCAGACCAGUGGCAAAUUUACUGGUUGAAAAUCUGUCGUAUUUAACGAUGGACCAAGCAUUGGAGGACACUGCCAAUUUCGCGCAAAGUUUGAAAAGCGAGCUGGGCCUGGAGGGUGCGUGGAUUGUGAUCGGCGCCUCGUACACUGGUUGGGCUAGAGCUCGCUAUCCGCACGUCUUCCACGCUGCAUACGCGUCAGGGGCGCCGGUGCUCGCCAAAGCCGGCUAUCCAGAGUUUUUCGAGGUUGUCAACGUCGCUUUGCUGCGAGAGGAUGCCGGCUGUCCUUCCGUGAUCGAGAGUGCCAUGGCUGAGCUGCAGAUUUUGAUCGAUGACGGCAAAUCAGAAAAUAUCACAGCCCUUUUCAAUUUAGCCGAGGAGAUCGACCUAUCCAGACCGAACGACGUGACGCUGUUUUGGUUCCAAAUCGCAUCGAUUUUCGGCUCUUUAAUUCAGGUGGCGCGACCCGGAACGAACAAAUUCCUCUGCGAUUUCCUCUUGAACGGACAAAGUCAGCCUCUGGAAACCUACUCCGGGCUGCUGCGAACGAUUCUGCUAAACAACACGCUUAGUGUGAACUCUACGCGCCUGGUCGAGACGUAUCGCGACCAAAUCGAAUUCUCCGAUACUAGUUACACUCGGCAGUGGUUGUACCAUUCGUGCAACGAGUUUGGCUGGUUCAACCCUUUGAGCUCAACUAACCAACCUUUCGGUCAGCACGUGCCGCUAGAGUUCAUGCUCCAGUUCUGCUCCUCGGUUUAUGGCCCCGAGUUUUCUGCUGCACACCUGGAAGCCGGUAUUGAACGCACAAACCUGCUUCACGGAGGAAAAAAUCCGAAAAUUUCGCGAGUUGUGUACACAGUGGGCACCCUGGACCCCGUCAAUCCGGUGCAAAUGGAGGAAGACCUCAACCCGGAAUCACCCGUGAUUUUUAUUGAAGAUGCUUCUCACUGCGUGGAUGUGACGGACGCCUCAAAACCAAACGAUCCGCCCUCACUAACCAGCGCGAGGCAAAAAGUUGUGGACAACUUUUCUCUGUGGCUUCAAGUCAAAUAAAAUUUUAUUGAAAUUUGGAUAUAUUUAUUUUAUUGUGAAUAAAAAGGGCUGUUUUUAGAGACAAAUUA